GCCGUCAUGUUCAGGCGAGAUCAAGCAGCUCUGCUCUCCAUUCAACUACUACUUAUGUGCCACGUCUUUGCAGAUUAUACCAAUGAGCACAGGAAUAUACUGGUGUCCAGAGGAGACCCCGUCAUGUUCACUUGCAACGUAUCCAUCAUAAACGUAACACAAAUCAACUGGACCAAACAAAGAUUUCUUUUUUCUUAUUCAAUUUUUAAAAAUCUGACUUUUUCAAAUUUUACGUCUGACGGACUGAAAAUAGACUCUGGCUUUCCUUCAACUCUAAAUAUUUUUAAUGCUCAGCAUGACGACACAGGACUCUAUAGAUGUGAUGUAAAUGGUGUAAAUGGCACCAGCACUGCUACGUGGAAUUUAACUGUGUCUGAGAAACCUGAAGAAAUGACUGACUUCCACUCGUGGUAUCUUCUAUACAUACUCACAACUGUAACUGGAUUGCUCCUGUGUGGCAUCACUUCAGCCGUCUGCCUCUGCAGAAUACGCAGGACCAGGACACAAAAUCAGGACUCAGCCCAGGACCAGUUUCAUCUUCAGUCAGGAGGAGAGGUGGUUCUCACUCAACUGCAGGAUGACACAGACAGUAGAAGAAACAACAAGAGGAGUCAGUACAUGGAGAGGCUCAAUUCAAUCUAUGGUUUCUAGUGAGCUGACAGAUCAUUCAAAUGAAACUUAAACAUGAGCUGAACCAGGUGCUUCAAGUGAGGACAACUGGCCCACAGAAACCUCUGACUUAUCUAACAUUAACACAAUAAAACCAGCGCCUUCACUUUAA